UGUGACAUCAUCAAGACAGAGAGGUGACAUAUAAAACGUGACAGAAUAAAAAAAGUGACAUAAUGAGGAAAAUGAUAUUGGAAGAUCAUGUUGCAUCGCCAUCUAAUUCUUCACGAAUGGAUAAUUGGCACCAGAACAAACUAGAGCCAAUAAUAAUGGGUCGAGGUCGGGCGAAUGGCGACUGGGCGAGGUCCCCGCCCCCUAACGCCCAUAUAACGUACAAGAUCGGCAUUUACGGAUGGAGGAAACGCUGCCUUUAUCUCUUCAUUCUCAUCAUGAUGGUUUGCAUCGUAAUCAAUCUCGCUCUCACUAUUUGGAUCCUGCAGGUCAUGGAUUUCUCUAUAGAUGGUAUGGGAAAGCUACGAAUGACAGACUCAGGUGUACAGGUCCAAGGCAGAGCAGAGUUUAUCAAACCAUUACAUGCAACAUCCAUCAGAUCAAAAUCAUCAGAUCCAUUAUUCAUAGAAUCAUCAAGAAACAUAUCUCUACACUCCAGAGAUUCAUCCGGAAAUAUCAAAAACACAUUUUAUAUUGGAGACGGGAAUGUCAAGUCCACUUGCAGUAAAUUCCAGAUACAAGAUGGGGCUGGAAAAACUCUGCUAAAAGCUGACAAACAAACUGUCUCAAUAGGUGCUCAAUCUCAACUACAUAUACAAGGAGAAAGUGGUGCUAAAUUUGAUGGCUCUGUCCAAACUCCACUCGUACGUGCCUAUUCUGCUCAGGACCUGAAAUUAUCCUCUCCUACUCGGAGGCUAGAAGUUUCAGCUGCUAAAGGGUUAAGGUUUUUAGCCCCUGCUGGGAAUAUAUCACUUAACAGUAUCUCAGACAUCUCAGUACAGUCUAAAAAUGCAAUCAACCUAGAUUCCAAGACUAUAAACAUAAAUAAUUUAAAAGUUAUACAACCAGGGAGCAUAAGUUUACCAUUUCCCGGAGUGUACCAAUUAUGUGUUUGCGACACAGGAAAACUGUUUCUAGCUCCACCUAGUGGUGAAUGUGAAGCAGAUACGACAUUGUGCUCACCAUGAGCCACCACAAAUAGUUUUAUAUAAUAAAAAUCUACAGUUAUUUAAAUCAGAAUGCCAAAUGUAGGAUUUCAGAAAAAUGGGAUUUACAUUCUAAAGGACGAACAGAGAAUGGAUAUACAGACAUGUGGGAAUCUCGAAGACUAUUAUUAUCCGCCCCUCGUGUUCAGAUAUUUUUUAUUGAUAGCAUGACUCAAAAUGGUCAUUUGUUGGAAAGCAUAUCAAUAUAACUGGGGUAGCCAGAAUUCCAAAAUACACUGUAGGUGAGGAAAAUUGGAAGAGAUGAGGCAAUCAACCCCAAAGAAGAUAUCUCCAUCAUCUCCACUUUUUUGUGGCAGUGGUUGAUGUUCGAUGUUCGGAAUCUGUUACAAAUGGCAGGUGGUGAUAUUUUGCAUGUUAAUG